AUGAAUAUGUCAACUUUCAACAUCAACCCGGUGCAGCGCUUUGCCGGGGCCAAUACCUCAAUCCGACGGCCAAGGGAAAUUGCUUGUUUCUCUUAUGAUGAUCAACGUCGUUUCUCGCUGGGAGAUUCUUCCAUGGCCUACUAUUACACGCCAAAUUUGCCCGCGGAUCUGAAUAAGGGUUAUGACACCUUUCAGAAGCUAGAUGAUGUCGCGGACGAGCACCUGGAUGCUCUCCUUGAUACCCUUGUUGCUCACGAGAAAGAGACUAAGAAGAAAUGCGAGGUAGACAUCGUGACAUGGCGAGGGAUGAUGACAAAAAAGUUCAGAUCUAUCCCUCUACUAACCCGCCUUAGAUUCAUCGAAGAAAAUAAUGAAUACAAAAACCAACAGAAAGAGAUUCAACGAAAACGAGGAUCACCGCCAGGAAUGGCACCGCAAGAGCUCAUGAUGUAUUGGGGUAUGGAAAUUCCGGUGAAGGUCCCAUCUGCAUAUGUACUGAUCGAAAACCCAGGCUACAAGUUUGAGAACUUGGCCGUUCUUCGAAAAACGUGGGAUGAAUCAACCCGCGAAGAAAUUGAAGGCCGAGAGGACGACAUCGUCAACAAUGCAGCGCAAUAUUGCUCUGUCGUCCGCACGGGUAUUGGCAAUACGCGCAUGGUCCUUGGAGGAGAGGUUGAUGCAAUCUGGGACAGCAAACCAUGGAGAAAAGAUGCACCAAUCAACUGGGUUGAGUUGAAGACAUCGGCACAAAUUCGAAAUGACAGAGACAUGAUCAAGUAUGAGCGAAAACUGCUCAAAUUUUGGGCACAAUCCUUCUUGCUCGGCGUACCCAAGAUCAUCGUCGGCUUCCGAGAUCAAGAUGGGAUCUGCCACAGCUUGGAAGAACUGGACACAGCAAGUAUUACAGGGAAGGUUUUGAACGUUGGUCGACGGACCUGGGAUGGAAAUACCUGUAUCAACUUCACCGGUGCUUUCUUGGAAUGGCUCAAACAAACUAUUAAUCGCGAGGGGACUUGGAGAAUUCGCAAGAGAGAGAAAUCACCCCUUAUUGAGGUUUAUCAGAUCGAAGAGCAAGGGCAUGGCGAUAUUCUCUCGCCAGCUUUCAAGGCCUGGCGAGCGGAGACAGGCUCAACGCAGCCUUAA